UAACAUUGUUAUGUUAUCUCUUUACAGAAAAAAAAAUGAUUGAAGACAGUACGAAUUUACUAGUUGUAAUUUGUGAUACGAAUCCUGGUUGGUGGGCCAACCACGAUGCAGUGAAUGACGAGAAGAGCUCCUUUAAGCAUUGUAUGGAAAGUCUGUUAGUGUUCUGCAAUUCCCACAUCAUGAUAAAUCACACAAAUAAGCUAGUUUUUAUUGCAUGCCAUCCAAAUGAAUGUUGUGUAGUUUACCCCACUCAGAACACGGCAAAAACAGACAGUAACGAAAGCAACUCGUCCAAAGAUGGGAAAUUUGAAGCUUUUGUCGACAUGAAUAAUAUUGUUAUGAGUAAACUUCAGGAGAUGGUAAAACAAGAAAACCCUGAUGAUACUACUUCAGCAGUACAGCCGUUAUUACUAUCUGGUGCACUGACAAAGGCGUUGUGUUAUAUUCAUAACCAUAGUGUUACAAAGGACGGAUGUGCGCGUAUUUUUAUUAUGAAAGCUUCUCCAGAUACUUCAGCGCAAUACAUGUCCAUUAUGAACUGCAUAUUUGCUGCCCAGAAAAAACGAGUUGUAAUUGAUUCGUGCUCACUUCUUAGGCAUUCUGGAUUUUUACAGCAAGCAUCGGACAUCACUGAUGGAACAUAUUUUAAUGUGGAGAAUCUUAGUGGGAUGCUGGAAUAUUUGUUAUGGGUGUUUUUACCGGAACCAGCUUUCCGGAGCAAACUGCACGUGCCGUCAGCGUUGCAAAUUGAUUACAGGGCUGCGUGUUUUUGUCAUAAGCAGUUGGUGGACGUUGGUUUUGUUUGCUCCGUGUGUCUGUCAAUAUACUGUCAAUUUAUGCCCAAAUGUCUAACGUGUCAAACUAGGUUCAAAUUACCACAAUUGUCUAUGUGCAAGCCAAAGAAAAGACGUAAAGAUAUAACUGCUUAAAAUAAUUUUUGUUGUUAAAUUGUGGUGGUUUGGGUAUGUUACACGUUACGUUCGUUUGUAAAAAUAUACAAAAGUUGUGUUUUUUCCCAACCACAAAAACAGGUGUCUAAAAAAAAAACCCACGUUCAAAAAAUGUUUUUAUAGUUCUUUAUGUGCGUAUUACUGACCUUGGAGGACCUAAAACUUACCUCUCAAUUUAAAAACGGGAAUGUUGUCUAAGAUUCUUCCAAAUUUCUUUGGUUCUUAUGUUGCUAGAGAUGGAAAAUUAUGUCAACGAGGCUAAUGCGAAUUCAUCAAUAUGAAUUUCUAAAACAGUAGUUUUUAUUUGAAAUUAACUUGUUCAUCUGUGUGUUUACACGCAUUUGUUUGAAUUGGGCGUCCUAUCCUAUGAAAGUUCAGUUUUAAGCCACCAUUUUGAAGUUAAGUCAUAUUCCUGGACCCUGUUUUUGAGAAGCGUGUGUUAGUUGUUGCUGGGAUAAAUUCUUUUUUUUUUUUUGCUGUAUGAUCUGUGUUUGAUCUGAAUAAAAUUCUUCCACUCCC